AUGGUGGGCACACGUAGUAAGGCUAGGAGGGCCUCUACUCCGCUCUCGAGUCCACCUGCUAGCCCACCACCAAGCCUCUCAGGCAGCGAAGCUUCAACCGGUCCAGCUCUAGAGGACGAUGCCACCGUCAGCAUCAAGGCAGACUCGCAGUAUGAAUCAUCGGAUAGUAACGAUGGUUUCGACAGUGACUACGACUCGGAUAGCGAUCAUAAAGACCAUUGCAGCCGCCACACAAGCGAGCAAGCAACGAAGUGCAACGGCCGUACAUAUUCCAACCAGCCAUGCAAGUACAAAGGCCGAAUUGCUAAAGAAGGUCACUUUCCGGUCUGCGGUCAACAUCGGUGGUAUCAGAAGCGAGCUGGUCAAUGUCAGGCUAUCGAAAAGUGUGGCCACCCAUGCAAUCGACUUACCGCCUACACUCCACCAUUCUUCUUCUGUGCUAAGCACGAACACGACACAAACCUUCUACCAUGCCACAUCAUGCGUUUGCCCACCGAACUGCGGUUGAUAAUUUUCCGCUAUCUACUCCCGAAGGUCGUCGAAGCCACUUCCUUCAACGCCAGCCAGAUGUCAGUCCUGACGGUUAGCCGUCAAUUCUACCAGGAAGCCUCCGCUGUUGUGUACGGUGAGCUUCAAUUCAAAGCCGAGGUGCACCCAACAACUAUCGCGCUUUUUGGUAGGCGAUGGCACCGAGAAUCAACUGAGGUACUCCACAAAGACCUGGGCACAACGCUCUGUCAAGUUGGAGCUCGCCGUAUCCGUCACCUAGAGGUUGAGGUCAACUUUGGUGACAAAUACAAGAAGAUCAAAGGCAUCGGCGCAGCAUCUCUCACGCACGAAGACUAUGAGAUGUAUCAGGUCCGAGACACUGUUCGAAAGCUAGUGCAAUUGCUGCUGCCUGAGUCGGCCGAACCCAGCUCAAAAGCAUUGCAGCACCUGAAAGUCAAGUCGAAACCAGCAGCGAAACAGCAAUGGCAAUCCGAUGAGAUUAUCGCAGCUAUCUUCCUCGUUCUGGACCCUUUCCUUGCCUUGAGUCCGAUCGAGGAUUGUGCGCUUCUGAAUCCUCCUCGUCCACCGGUCUGGCCCUGGAGGUAUGCAAACACGGCUGAGACUGUUGGUAAGAUUCAUGAAGGCAAAGCUUAUCGUCGACUUCGUAAGCAAUGGUUAGGUGUUCUGAGAGGCUCACUACCGAAGCUCAGUAUCCGUCGCAGCGCACGCAAGGUAUCCACUGCCGUGGCUGAAGCCUACAGCAAGAUCGAAGAUUUCACACGUCUCAUCUACGCUCAAGAUGCAUCUCAAUUCCAAGGCCAGGGGUUCUUCAAACACGGUUGGACAGGCUCCUCUUUCCAAGGUAUCGAACGAGUUCUGCAUAAUGCCCGAGUCGCAUAUGAGGAUGAUGACCUCGAGACGCUCCAGAACAUCCACUACGCCAUUAUGAACCGAUGGGUAAAGGCACAUGCGCGACAACAGCAAUCACUCGCCGCAGUCGCUACUGCCGUCUCAAAUAUGUUUGAUGAUGUUUCGGCCGUCGACACUUACGAUCCUAAGGCUUUUGAGUUCAAUGAAGCCACUUCUUCUGAGGACACCUCCAAACACAGCGACGCGUGGCUGGAACUCAACGUCAAGAGUACCGUACCGAAGCUUUUCGAGCCCGGAGUUACGUACAAGGAGGAGGGCGCGAGGGUCAUCGUAUGCAAGGAGGGUGAGGAGCGAGUGUGGCUGAAGACCCCCUGCGUGGCUCGACAAGUGCGAGCUUACAAUCAGAUGCAGUGA